AUGGAAGUUGUGGAGACGACGCUGCUUCAGACCAGACUCCUGACAACCCAAGAUUCUGGCUUAUCGACAACUUCCACAGUCAAGCCACUAGCCUCUCUGUCCGGCAGUAUUAGAUCCUACCGGGACAAAUUAUUCCUACUAGUCGGUACGCUUCUGCAUUGGAACGAUAGGAUCCUUUCAUUCAUGCAACAAGGCGAUUUUCUUGGCGCGAUUCAGACCGCGUUGGCUUAUUAUGAAAAUCGUGCAAGUGGCAACACGAUACAUCUACCUGCCGACCCCGAGAUUCGAAAGGAAAUUAUCGCUGCUCGUCUCCGGGAACUCAUGAAAGCUUCGCUCGAAUGGGCCUUUUCGCCCGACCGCUUGACCGAGACUGCUUUCUCUGGCAAGGAUGUAGAUCUCACAAGCUUGUUCGAAGGUUUAGCUGCGUUGUGUAUCGAGGCUUGCCUGUCAAUGCAAGACUUUCUGUUUCUUUUCGACGAAGCGUACGAGCAUUUUUCUCAGGUCGGUAUUCAAGGUAUAUUCCUACGCCUGUUAGAACCCCGCAUCCUGUCAGGCCGAAUACGUCAAAUUCCUCCUAUCAUCGUACAAGCACUUAUUUCCAUGCACAACGAUAAUGGCGAACUUGAACAAGCGGAAGCGAUCAUCUGGAACGUCGACCCGAUUUCACUCGACAUCAAUCAAGCUGUCACCAUCUGUGAAUCCCAUGGUCUCUGGGAUGCCAUGAUACAUGUCUACACCCGCGCAAUGCGAGAUUAUAUAGCUCCGCUUGUCAAGUUAAUCAGUGUUGUCCGCGAUAUCCAGCAACACCGUUUAAAUCGGCCUUCUCUUGUGGGCGAUAAGAAUGAAGAGGAUCUUGAAGGUUGGGCUCCAAACGCAUACAAGCUUUAUGCCUAUGUCGAAUCUAUUUUGUCUGGACUAUCUUAUCCGAGUGGAGACUCACUCCCAGAAGCUGAGGGUCAUGGUGCUCGUAACGAUGUAUACUCUUUCAUAUUUGCCGGGCGGACUAUAUCCUGGCCAUCAGACGGUGACCUGAUUCUCACUGGCGAAGGUGCUGAACCGCCGUACCCUUACCUCAACCUGCUUUUACGCUUCGACACUGAAGCUUUCCUUCAUUCUAUGGACAUCGCUUUCGAAGAUUCAUACCUGAACGAUACAUCCGGCGCUAUCAAUCGUCAGUCCAUCGUCAACCUCAUGCUCGAUGUUAUGGAUCCAGAGUACUUUCACCCCGGCGACAUAACUUUUCUACACAUCUUCGUUGCACGUAACUUGCCGAAAUAUCCGCAAUUUCUCUUCAUCCCGCCCUCAACCUUGCACCGAAUUCUCGUUAGUCUAGCCAGCGAUCCAGACCAAAGUACCCGAGAAGAUCGACAGCUGGCAGCCGAAUAUCUCUUAUCUGCUUACACACCACACGACUCGGAUAUGAUGCUAGAGCUCUUCGAUCAAGCUGGUUUCUACCGAAUCCUCCUGACGGCCUAUCGACGCGAAGGCAAGUGGGCCAAGUUGAUCUCCACGUUACUCAAAGAUCCAGAGUCGGACGAAGAGGUGUUCGCCAAUCUGGAUGACAUCAUAACCAAAGCACCCUUGUCGAAAGAGGUUUACGAUGCCGUUUCUCAUGCCCUGCCCCAGGUCCUUUCGAUUGGCGUCAGACAAACAGCGAUGCUCCUCGAUCGUGAUCUGCCUUCCUGCCACAGUCAAGCACUUGACCUUCUGGCGCCAGCGCCGCAUAAGCAAAUGGCAUACCUGCGGUGUCUUUUAGAACCUGAUAUAGACGAGACAGGCACAUUUAUGGAGUCAAAACACCUCGGUGUUUCGUCUCGACACCUCUACGUGUCUCUGCUUUGUCAGUAUGACCCUGACCAUGUUUUAGCAUUUUUGGAUUCGCGAGGUGCUGAAUCCUUGAAUUUGGAACUGCUCGCAAGUGACUGCGAGUCAUGCGGAAUAUUUGAAGGUCAACUCUGGGCGUUUAAUCGACAGGGAAAAAUCAACGAGACAUUCAAUACCAUCGGAAGCAUACUUCGGACAAAGGGUGUAGAUCUCGGCGAAGGUUUGCUAUCUGAAGACGUAGGCACGAUCCAUAUUUCCCUUGCGACAAUUCAAACGGUCUCAAGGAUGGCAGUACGGUUGUGUCAGGAACACUCUAUAUCCCAAGUUACUGGGGAAGUUGAAGACAUGUGGUUGGGAGUCCUACACGAGAUCAUCGAGCUGGUACACUCAAUAGCUAGCAUACGUGAUCCACCCGCGAAUAUCAUAGACGCUCUCCGGUCAAUCGUUCAAGAGACCCUCGCAUCUCUUGUGUCUUCUUCAUCCCCAUCCCUUUCGUUUCCUCGACUUUUCAAGCGCUUGGUAGAUGCCUCCACUUCUGAACAUGCUAAAAAAGGUCGAGCGUACUCUGAACUCCGCACUAUACUAACAGGAAUGCUGGAUUCUUAUCGGGCAGAAGGCGAAAUGCUUAGUAUGACAACAAGAUUGGUAGAAGCAGAUUUGUACGACAUACUGGCGGAACUGCAGCAAAAGAGCGAUACUGGAUGGCGUUUGAUCUCGUUUGAUUGCCAGGUAUGUAAGGAGUUUGUAGUCGGUGAAGAAAUGGUGAUCUGGGCAAGCGGAAAUGCGGUCCAUCGAGGAUGUUUGGAAAGGUGA